ACACGAUGAUGUUCGUGAUGAGAUGAACGGUACAAUAAACAAUUUAUUUACACACAAAAGAUGGAUGAAACAGCGGCACACACACCACGGCCAUAGCGCUGGGGUAGCCAGUGGGUCAGUCGAGUUGCUCACUGACACCUGUAAGUGAACAUCAGAACAAGCAAGCGAUGGACAGACAGAAAACGCAUUUCAGACACACACCAGAACAAUCAGAAGUAUAUUACUAGCCGGCCAGACAGCCAAGCAGCCAGCAGGUUGUAGCCACAUCAACCCCAGCAGCGACAUGUUGCUGUGCGUGUACCUCCAGCAUCCUCGGUGUCUGCAGUCGCCCGUGAUUGAUGAUGAUGCCGGAGCACGUGUUGCAGGAGGAGUCUGCGACACCUGGCACCGCGACCUGACUAACGCCAUCGUCACGUGCUGCACUGGUCACUUCCGCUAACGUGUCCUUGCUCGCUGUUUGCUGUCGUUAGUCUGUCGACACACACCGUCAGCGCACGGCGGGCACAGCUCCAACACAUCCAUCCCUCCAGGAAGACGAGGCUUGCAGUCGAUCACUAAAACAAAAAUUGUGGUUGUGGGAUUUGCUUAUGAAUCACUGGGUGAACUCUGUGUUCAGUCAGGCUGUGUGGCUUGCAAGGCAUCCAUGCUCAGCUUCAGUGUCGAAUGGUGAUCCAUGAAUGUCAAGAAAGUCCACAAGAGGAUUAACACUUGCAUCCGUGAGUUUGUAGCCGGCGUGUGGCUGCGUGAGGUCAACGGACAAAAUGUGUUUCGGUCUGGGACAACCCGGGCCCCUGGCGGCAUUGCGGAAACUCUUCGGUGGCGGCGCUUCUUCCAACAAGAGAAUGGGUUUGUUCGUGUCAGUACCGGAUCUGUCAGAAUUUCAAAAGAGGAAACUGCUACAUGAGUUUACUACUUUCUUUGACAUUAACAAGGAUGGUGUCUUGGAAUGGAAGGAUUUUGAUAUGGCCAGACAAAGAAUAUGUCAUUUGAGCGGCUGGAAGGAGGGAUCGGAAAAAUUCAUCAAAACACAAGAACUCUUCAUCGAAAUAUGGAGGCGACUGCAAGAUGAAGGGGACAAAAAUCUUGAUGGUCGAAUAAGCGCCGAAGAAUGGCUAAGUAUGUGGCAGAAGUUCCACAGAGAAAACGUGGCUGAGCAAAAGAACAAAGUGGACACAGAGAACAAGAUACCAGACUGGCUGCAGCGAUACGUCGAAUACAAGUUCAACCUUUACGACAGAACGGGCGACGGCGUCAUCGACACGGAGGAGUUCGAAUAUGUGUUGUCCGACUUCGGUGUGUCCUCCAAGGAUGCCAGGACCUGCUACCUGCUGUUUUCAAAUAACCACGAGAAGAAGGUGGACCUGGACUACUUCAAGACCCUGUCGGCUGAGUACUACCGCUCCGACGACCCUAGCGCCCUAGGGAAUUUCAUCACGGGAAAACUGGACUUCGAGCAGGGCAAGUCACAGGCAACAAACAAGAACUGACCAGUCUGUCCACUGGCACCCGCCCUUGGAUUUUUAUACAACCGAUAGUGUGGUCUGGACAGUUAGCCGUGUUUUCUGUGCGUACCUUGCUGAGAAACUUGUCAUACUAUAUACUCUGAUAGAGAGCUAGAAAUAAAUGUGUCUGCGCUGUA